UAUUCAUCUCAACCAUAACCAAACUUAUUUACACUUAACCAAAAACCAAAAACCAAAAACCAAAAACCAGGAAAAAAGAGGAGAGAAAAACAGUUUGUGGUAUUACACUUAAUUCCAAAUCAAAGUCCAAAGAUGCAGACAGGGAAGAAAGCAGUGGAAUCCGUGAAGGAGACAGCGUCGAACAUAGCGGCGUCGGCAAAGUCAGGGAUGGACAAGACAAAGGCGACAGUGCAAGAGAAGGUUGAUAAGAUGAAAGCAGACGACGACUACGACAAGGCCUUAGCCAGCGAGAAGAAGCAGGACCGUGUGACCGAAGCCGAGCUCCGUAAGCAGCAGGCCAUGAGUCACAACGCUGCUGAGAAGGACGCUAAAACUGCUGUUGCUGGUCAAACUGGAACCGGUGGAACUGGUUAUGGGACUACUGGGCCCCAGUAUUCGCACUCGACUACUGGGGCCACAGGCUAUCCCACUGGGGCUCACCAGAUGUCUGCCAUGCCAGGGCAUGGCACUGGUGAGCCCGCAGGUGGGCAUGUAAUGGAUGGGACCGCUGUUGGGUCCCAUCCGAUAGGGAGGGGGACUGGGACCAAUACUAGGUCGUCUACGGCCCAAAAUAGGCAUGUUGGUGGAGGGACUAAUACUGACUAUACUGGAACUGGAUAUAGUGGUUAGUUUGAUUGGUGUGGUGUCACUUGUCAGGUGUGUGUCACAUUUACUUUUAUUUUUAGAAGAGGGUGUGACAUUUUUUUAUGCUUUUUUUAGGAAAAUGAUGUAUGUCUAAAUGUCUAAUAUGGUGUGAAACUUGGAGUAUGAUAUAAUGUAUGUUUUGAGUCUUAUUUGUAAUUCGAAUAAAAUGCCUUUUCUUGUAA